GCCUUCAGCCAUAGCCUACUACAAUAAAUGCCGCAGAAGGCUAUUUAUGUGUUGUAUUUGUUUAUCUUUUGAUUAGGAGCACAGGCCAUAGGGCAUAGGGCAUAGGGCCACAAAUCCACAGUAGGGCAUAGGCUGCACAUUUUUAAGAAUUUGACUCGCAUUCCCAUAGGGGCGAAUGGGCGGAUAAAAGAGACGUCCAUGAAUUAUGACGCAGUAGUCACAGCUAUUGGAACCUUUAAGAAGCACUAGAGACACGCUGUGCACUACGUUUAAAGUGAACGGGCACCACACACAACUGCGCGACGAUGAAUGUACAGGCCACCGAGACGCCGAGUCUACCGACGUCUCGAAUCAAAAAGAUCAUGAAGAAAGAUAACACUAUCGGCCUUCUGAGUGCAGAAGCAAUCUUUGUAACAGCCAAGGCUACGGAACUAUUUCUGGCUCACCUGGCCGAGAAAGGAUAUGAUAUUGCUCAAGGCGGCAAGCGGAAGACGAUUAAGAAUUCGGAUCUGCUGAAAAUAAUUCAACAAAAUGACAACUUUCAGUUUCUGGACGAGAAGGACCUCGGCAUCACCUCAUAAAUGUACGCAAUAAAACUUAGUCAAUAUAUAGUC